GUGUUCCUUGGUCUCCGGACAGAUCCCGGGAUGGAGCUGCGGUGCUGGGGGCGUGACUGGGGGCUGCCGUCCGUCCACCCCGAGAGCCUGGCCGUGCUGGCAUACGCGAAGUUUGCUGGUGCUCCACUCAAAGUGAAUCCUGUUGACUAUACGUGGAUGAGCCCAAAAGGUUCUCUUCCAGUAUUGCUAUCUGAUGGCAAAGAAAUCACCCAGACAGCCAACAUCCUCAACUUCUUCAGGAAACAGCAAUAUAAUUCAGAUUACGGCUUGUCAGCCAAGGAGGGGUCCGAUACCCUGGCAUACAUUGCACUGAUUGAAGAGAAUAUCCUUCCUGCCAUGCUGCACACCUUUUGGGUUGAUCCAGAAAACUACGCCAGUGUCACACGUCCUUGGUAUGCCUCACGGACGCCGUUCCCAAUGAGCUAUUUCCUGCCUGGAAAAAUGUCUCGAGACGCGUUGAACAGAAUACUGCUAACCAAGGGCCAGCCUCCGUUAUACAGUCUCAAUGAAAUAGAAGCUCAGAUCUAUAAAGAUGCCAAAGAAUGUCUGAAUCUCCUGUCCAAUCGAUUGGGAACAUCACCGUACUUUUUUGGCACCGUGCCUACAUCCUUGGAUGCCUAUGUAUUCGGAUUCGUUGCCCCUCUUUAUAAAGCUCAGCUUCCCAAGGUGCAUUUGCAGCAACACUUGAAGCAGCUCACCAACUUGUGUCAAUUCUGUGACCACAUUCUUGGCAGCUAUUUCACACGGACUCUUGCAGGCACGUCUCCUGCUGGCGAGGAAGCCAUCGAUGCCAAUCUGCAGAAACUCACCCAGCUUGUAAAUAAGGAGUCUACCCUGAUAGAAAAGAUGGAUAGCAACCUGCGCAAGAGCCCCCAAAACCGACCCCAGAAACUGACCCCAUUACAGCCAGCGAAGGACUGCGAUAACAAGAUCUCUGCGCAGGCUAUAACACCGUGACACCUGGCAUUCCGUGCUACCGCUGCUUAAUGUUUCAUACUCGCAACUAAUGGUGCAUCUUGACACAUUGAAUGAAUAGUAAUGGGAGAACCUGUUCACGUUGUUGCAAUGAUGUGCCGUCUGUUUUCAGCCUUGUUCUGUGGCUUCCUGAUGCAACAUGCAAAGCUGUGACGGUACUGUGUGUGCAGGUCGGCUCUAGAGCAGUGAGCCCAGGAUUGCUGCCGGGCAUGACGUUACUAUACUUGCACUGAAAGAGUGGGGCUGGAAAUAUAUAAAAUUGUAUAGAGAGAAAAUAAUCUGUAUAAUGUAUAUUGUAUCCUAUUUAUUUUUCAAUACCAAAUUCUAAUUUCAUGGGUACUUUGAACUAUUUUUGUGAUCAUGGGAAAGUUAAAUAUCCAUAUAUACGAUGUAUAAAAUCUAUCUAUAUAUCUAUAAGUAUUUUAAUCCAUAUUUCAUUCGGUAUUGGUGACUGGGCUAUUUUACGGAGCUUGGAGAGUUGUUGGUUUAUACCUGCAAACCACAAAACCAUUCGCUUAAUAAUCACUACUGAAUGUUAUUCAUUAUUUUAUCAUUACUAAAUAGACCGGUUUCGCUAUUUUAUUAUCUUUGCUUUUUUUACUUGGUUUUAGUGACUGUGUUGACAUGAUUCUUAUUAGACUAGUGGCAUUUUCUUUCUUGAGCUGCCUGUUCCUUAUUUAAACCAUGUGGUUAAAGGACCACUAUAGUGCCCUGAGGGUGCCCCCACCCUCAGGGACCCCCUCCCGCUGGGCUCUAGGGAGAGGAAAGGGGUUAAAACGUACCUUUCUCCAGCGCCGGACGGGGAGCUCUCCUCCUCCGAUCCUCCUCCUCUCCUCCCAUG